AUGGCAGACCCAACCAAGGCUGAGACCGAGAAAAUCUUCAAGGUCUUGAGGGCACAGAAGGGGAACAAGAUGUGCUUCGACUGUCAUGCCCGCAAUCCGACCUGGGCGAGUGUAUCGUUCGGGAUUUACAUCUGUCUGGAGUGCUCUAGUGUUCAUAGAAACAUGGGGGUGCACAUCAGCUUUGUGCGAUCGACCAACCUGGACAGUUGGCAAUUGAACCAGCUCAGGACCAUGAAGGUUGGCGGAAACUCAUCGGCAACAGACUUUUUCACGAAACAUGGCGGUUCGAUGGUCCUCAACGACUCAGAUACCAAGAAGAAAUACUCAAGCCGUGUCGCGGAGCUUUACAAGGAGGAGCUUGCACGACGCGUCAAGGAGGACGCGGCAAAAUUCCCCGAGCGCGUCGUUGUUGAGGGUAGCGGGGACCUGCUCGUCACUCCAGUACCCGCUGGGGCUGACGAAGACGACUUCUUCUCCUCCUGGAACAAGCCAGCAACCCCCAAUUCUCCUGCGUUCAUAUCUUCUAAGCCUGUGCCACCGAUCCUCGGGCGCGCCGCUAGCGUGCCUUCCGCCAAUGGCAGUACCCCGCCCGCUUCCCCGCGCACGAUCAGUUCCUCUUCGCUGCGCUCGGCGCAGUCAUCCGCUGGAUCGCGGCCCAACUCCAUGCUCGGUGCCUCUCGACUGACGUCGUCCUCGCCUGCGGUCAGCAUCCCCACAGCCGCCCCUGCGCCGCGUAAGUCGAAGCUCGGCGGGCUCGGUGCGAAGAAGGCGGUAGCGCCGCUGGACUUUGCUGAGGCUGAACGGCGCGCUGCAGAGGAGGCCGAACGUGUGCGGCAGCUCGGGUACGAUCGCGAGCAGGAGCGCAAGGAGGAGGAGCGUGCGCGCAAGGAGGCAGAGGCGGCCCCUCAGAGCGCAAAGGCGCCGCCGAAGUCGGCGAAGGUAGUGCCUACAACGCCAGUGAGCGCCCUGCCGACAGGGAACGCGCAGGACUUGGAGCGGCUGGGGAUGGGGAUGAAGCGGCUUGGAUUCGGCGCCGUCCCCGCGGCUCCGAGCACGUCAAAGGCGAGCGCGGCCGACGCCGACGCGCCGACGUUUGCGCGGGAGAAGUUCGGGAAACAGAAGGCGAUCUCGUCGGACAUGUACUUCGGGCGGAACGCGUACGACCCGUCGGCGUUAAAUGAGGCGCAGUCGCGACUGCAGACAUUCCAGGGUGCGUCGUCGAUCUCGUCGAACCAGUACUUUGGUCGCGAGGAGGAGGAAGAGCUUGGUGGGCUCGGUCCUGCAGGCGACGGGAACCUACUUGGGGAUGGGACAUUGUCAGGUUUAGAGAUGGCGGCCAAGGACGCGAUCCAGAAGGUGUUGGCGAAUCCGGAUGUGCAAAACGUGGGCGAGAGCAUCCGGGCGGGUGCACUCAAGUUGUCGGACUACUUAGCGCAAAUGUCGGAACGGUGAAGGACAACUUGUGCAAUGGACUCGUUCGCAGUGGAGCUGUCCCUUCUCAUACUGUCGUUGUUGGUUUGAAUGUUUCUAAGGAUAAAAUUUAAUAAUAUAAGGGAGAGGAUAUUUGACUGGGC